GGAGAGCAUAACUACUGCAGAAAUCCUGAUGGAGAUGUCAGCCCGUGGUGCUACAUUGCAGAACACGAGGAUGGAAUAUAUUGGAAAUACUGUGAGAUUCCAUCCUGCCGAAUGCCAGGGAAUCUGGGGUGUUACAAGGACCAUGGAGAACCACCACCUUUGACUGGCACCAGUGAGACCUCCAAUAAACUCACCAUCCAAACAUGCAUCAGUUCCUGCCGAAGUCAACAAUUUAAGUUUGCAGGCAUGGAAUCAGGUUAUGCUUGUUUCUGCGGAAAUAACCCUGACUACUGGAGAUACGGGGAGGCAGCCAGUACGGAAUGCAACAGUGUUUGCUUUGGAGACCAUACUCAGCCUUGCGGUGGGGAUGGCAGAGUCAUUCUUUUUGACACCCUUAUUGGUGCCUGUGGAGGGAAUUACACUUCUGCUACAGCUGUGAUCUACUCCCCAGAUUUUCCUGACACAUAUGGCACAGGCAAAGUCUGUUAUUGGACCAUACAAGUUCCAGGAGCAUCUCGAAUCCACUUCAGCUUUGCCCUUUUUGAAAUCAAAGAUGCUACAGAUAUGGUGGAAUUGCUGGAUGGCUAUACCUAUCAUGUUCUAGCUCGUUUUAAUGGCAAGAACCGGCCUCCCCACACCUUUAACAUCUCUCUGGAUUUUGUCAUUUUGUACUUUUUCUCAGAUGACAUCAAUCAAGCCCAGGGAUUUGCUAUCAGAUACAGAGCUGUGAAGGACAAUGUGCAUCAAAACAAGACUCCAGUGAAUCACACCCUUUCAGAGAGGAUAAAUGAACAAGCAAAUCUCAGCAUCAAUGCAGCUCGGUCAUCAAAGAUACUUUAUGUCAUCACAACCAGCCCAAGUCAUCCUACCAGCUCCAUGCCUGAGUGGACAAUAUACAGUCUCACAGCACUGCUCAUCCUAAGUGUUACAGCCAUAAUAGCAAAGAUAAUUCUCCACGUUACCAUGAGAUCCCAUCAGAUUCCAUCCACAAGUGACACUGAAGACUGCAGUGAUGUCACCACUGCCGGUGAGAUCUGGAGUAUAUUUUACCAGCCAUCCACAUCCAUAUCCAUCUUCAAGAAAAAGCUCCGAAACCAGCAGGAUGAUUGCAACCCCCUCGUGGGAAACUAAAGUGCCUUCUGCUUUACAAGAAUUGAUCUCCUUAAAAUCCAGCAGCUGAGUGCUGACAGCUGGGGAGCACGGACACCUCAGGAGGUUACUGUUUACACUACUUUCUUCAGCAAAGUGAAAAUAACUGCAGCAGAAGAAUUUGUUUGGAAUUGUAUCUGAAUGGCCUUCUGAUGUCCUGCCUAUCAGUUCCCUCAACAGGCUGGAUAGGCUGCAAGUCUGACAUUGGCUAUAAUGUCAAAAGCAACUGUUUUGACAACAAAAUAAUCCUGAGGAGAUGCCUCCUCCUAUACAUACAUGCAUUCCAGCUCCAGCUCCGGCCCCCUUCUCACUCUGCUGUCGGUCUGACCGGCUGUGUGGUGCUGCAAUAAACUGACAGGUCAAAAAUUGUCAUCGCCUUUUCUUCUCUGAGUUACCUUUCACAGAGAUGAGUUCUCUGAUGUUGUUUAUUGGGUGGUUGCAGAGAGAGAUGAGCUGACACAACCAAGUGGACAAUAAGCCAUAGGAAAAAGACAGUUGUCUGCCCCAGAAGCUGGGGCAGUGAGUGCUUCUGCUGGCACUGCCACUGCAGCAAUCUGCGAGCUGCCGCCUCAACACUGUGUGCCAGAGCCUACACUGCACGUGGACCUCAGGUGGAAAGGGGCCAGCUGGACAAGUGCCUUCCCUAAUUCAAAAUCUAUGUUUAAAACUAGUUUAGUUUGUUGACUAAAUGAUUUUAUAUGUAUUUUUGUCUUAAUAUUGUUAUGUUGUGGGGAAAUAGAGACUGUGUUAUGUAAAAAUGUGUGAUAUGUUAUCAUAGUAAUAUAUAUAUUUAUGUAUGUAUAGGAAAUGCAUUAUUUAAUACAGCAUAUUAUGCUUCUAUCUUGCUAACAUUUUGUAGGAAGAAAAGAUGUUAGUUUACACUCUGGGAAAAAUAAAUUUUCUAUACACUGUAACUGUAGGAAAAAAAUCAAAGAUACUUUUUUGGUAUCUAUAACAGAAGGUCAUUGAGAACAGGGUAACUCAGACUCAGUUCUAUGGCCAAAUAGAUGCUGAUGAAAGAAUUGCUUUAAGAAGCACUUACCUCCUUUGAUCUCACUUCUAGCUUGUAUUUGUAUUAGGCUGUUCAUCAGAUUCUACAAAUUCAUAUGCAUAUACUCUCUGGACCAUUUUUUUCCUUCAAACAGAUAAUCUGCUUUUUCAAAGCAUUAACAUCGUCCUUUUUAGAACUUGUUUCUGCCAGAUUUUCUACAGCCAGUACAAUGCUGAGGAAGUUUAUCACACUGCUCAUGCAGACAACUUAGUGGGAUUGCAGAAUUAUGGUGUUUGUAUUCCAACCCCCCUGGCAGGAGUAUAAAUGGGAGAUUUUUACGGACAGUCCUGGCAGCUGUACUGAAUGUGCAGCCUGUAUGACUACAGACCAAACCCAUCAGCAGACACAUGGCUGCCACUGAAUGAGCAUGACUAGCUAUUCCACUUUCAUCUUCUGCUUAAUGAGCCUUCUCAGGCAGUGGGAAGGACUACUAACAGAUUUUUCUAGUGCACCACUUUGCCUAAAGGAAGGGUGAACUACAAAAACAACUGACAAAUACUUGUCCAACUAGUUCUUAAUACCUUGCAUCAAUAUUUCACAAUCUUCCAAUGAAAUAUAGUUCAGUGAUAGUUUCACCUGAAUAUUGUUCUAGGCAUUCAUGAACUCUGCUACUCAUUUAUGAAUUCUGCUACCUUGAGAGUGAAAAACAGAAUUCUCUUCAGACCACACUAUUUUUCCUAUAACAACACAUUCCUGAUACAUAUACAUUUCAUGCAGCUCAUACUUUCUCAAAUUUACUGAGCACCUGUGCUUUGGGGUGAAACUCAGCAUUCUGAAUUUCAGUCUCAAGACAACUUACUACAAAUGCAAAGGCAUGAACCACAUAAGGCUGUCAAGAAACCAGAAUAAAUCAAACUUGAGAUGACUCACCUCUGAAAUAUGUGCUGUGUUUAUAGCUGGUCACCCUGCAUUCAACAAAUGGCUGUAAAUAAUAAUUAUGAAAAAAUAAAUACAUUUGUGCAGAAGGAGUUCAGUUAGGACUGCUAACGUGUAUACAAGCAUGGAAUAAAGGAGGCAGAAACUGCUGCAGUUCACCAGCAGAUUACAAUGGGUUUGUCCGCUGUGGAGGUUAGAAGAGAAUAUUUGAGCUGGAAAUGCUGAGAAUGAUUACAUAUAUAAACUAUAAUGUUGCUCUGAGACACAAUUUCUGAGGUAACAGCAAAUUGAAAGUUUUCAGUUUACCUGUUUUCAAACUGUUACAAAGAACUGUGACAAUUCUUUCAGUGUUUUCUUUACGAAUUGCAGUAACAUGUAAUGCUGUUUCCACUUACUUGUGAGAUUCAUCUUUAAUUAAUUCCUCCUGACCAAAAUAAUGCUACAGUUUAGGAAAUCUUCAGUGACCUUUUAUGUAAACACCAGAAUACCAGUGUCAGAUACCCAAACUGUCUCCAGCUUUUCAUGUGAAGACUCAAACUCUCUUUUUCUCUUAGAAACGCGUCACAGGGGACUGGCCUCCCCUUAGACAGGGUAGGUUACUCUGCCCUCCUUUCUUGCCAUUCCGGUUAUGAGACUCCUCUUGCACUUUGGUUUAUUCUGGGAACUGUUGCCUUUUUUUCUGUUGCUGUUUCCUAAGCAACAGUUUCAUUCCCCAUGAGAGAAAUGUGUUCUUGAUUCUGAAAGAGACGCUUUUCUAUGAAGCAUUUAAGUCACAGGGGCACGGCACUUUCACUGCAAGAUAAAAUAUCCAGUUUCAGGUAUGCUGUUGUCUCCCUGGCCAAAGAAUUAGGCCAGGCUGGCUCCACGGGGUAUGAACACAGCCAUCCUUUUAAGGGUAUUUUUCUCUUCACACUACCGAAGUAACAACAAACGUUACCUAACAGCUGUCACAGGAUUUGACAGACGCACAUGAUAUUGCAGAUAAUGUUACAGAAACACCAAGUGUUACUAUAAUGUACAAUCCAUUAAGAAUAGUCUGCUCCUGCUUGUCUUUUUUUACCGUAUCGAGAUUCUGUGGAGGUUUGUGGUGCCCACAGAACUCUCAUUUUGCCACAAAUUUGUUCCUUAAACAUUGAACCUCAAUAGAAAAAAAGAACUGUCCCCCGCCAAGUAUCAAAAUUUUCAUUUCUGACAGAAAAUAUUUACAUUUAGUCAUUUUAAAAAAGCCACAACAAAGAAGAAACAGAGUAUCAGGCACACAACUAAGCAUCACAUCCAAGUUCAGCCAGCAGCCCACAACUGUCUCUCUCACAGAAAGAGAGGAUGGGCUCACUGAUUAUUUUAUGGGACAGCAAGAGUAAGGUAUGCCCUGCUCUUAAAGGCACAGUCACCUCACACUUUUCUUCAGAACAAGAAGCAAGAAAACAAAACACAAGUCAACAAUAGCAAGUGGGGGGGUGGAGGAAGGGAAGAGGAAGGAGACUCAGAUGUGACCUGUCAACACAGAGCAUCAGCCAAACACAGAUGGCAAGUUUUAUGCUGUUUGUAAAAACAGUUGCUUAAUGACCUGAUUUGCAGAUAAAACACAUAUCUAUAAUCAUUGGCGAUUGCCAGGAUUCCGUUUUCCAAAUGGAAAAAGGUAUUUUAAUUGAGAAGUGCUUGCUGAUGCUUCUUAACUCCUGCCUGCCUGUUGCUCUUCCAUUACUGUGCCUGUCUUGGCAUACAGACAGGCUUUCCCAUUGUACCUGAGAUGAGGAUGAUAACUGAUCCUCCUGCCCAAAGGGUCCCAUGCAAAAUGACACUCCAGUUCAACAAGUUGUCAUCCCAAACAUGGAGUUUUCACGUACAAAGGGGGUUGGAGAGAAUUAAGGCUCAUUUCUUGGCUGAGUCCUGAGGUGACUGAAUUACAGUGCACUUGAACAUGGAUAAGGAGGGGAGAGUCCAGGGGAUUACUAGGUAAAAAUCUCUGGGAGAAGGAAGAAACUGGAGGAGGAGUCUGGAAAAGAUGUUUUUGUGUGUAUUUGUGUGGGUGUGUAUCUCUGGAUGGGAAAUAUGCAUGAAGGCAAACUGUUUACACAAUAACAUACAAACAUGUAUCACAUAAAUGUAUACACACACACACACU